CAUUAUCUUGAACUUUCAACAUUAGUUUUGAAACUUUUUUUUUUCUUAAUUUGAAUUUAGUUAAAAAAAUUUGUCAAAAUUCCUUAUGGACGACUUAAAUUCAGGACAUAGUAAUGAAUCUUGUAUGAGCAAGCAUUCAAUGCAAAACCUUUACGAGAUGCGAACGAACAAUAUGCUGUGCGACGGAACUAUAACACUCGAUAAUGAUGUUGUGCUGAGUGUCCAUCGACCAAUAUUAUGUGCCUGCAGUGAUUACUUUAAAGCAUCAUUCAAUUCGGUAAUCAAUGGUGUACGAUCGAACAUCCGGAUCACAGGAGUGAGAUAUUAUGCCAUGACAAAAAUCAUUGAUUAUGCGUAUCUGAGAGAAUGUGAUCUGUCUGAGGACAAUGUGUAUGAAAUCCUCGUAAUGGCCGAUUAUUUUGCUCUCGACAGUUUGCUGGACCAUUGUAUUCAAUUUUUGAUAAGCAUAUUGAGUCCUAAAAAUUGUGUAAACAUCAUGAGAUUUGCUGCUGCAAGGAAUCUCGUCGACAACCUCCUGCCAAAGUCUAAACUUUAUCUUCUUCGUAAUUUCGAGGAAGUUGCGACAAAGAGUGACGAAAUCGUUGAUAUUUCGUUAAGCGAUUUACAGGAAAUACUUCAAGAUGAUCUGCUGAAUAUUAAGGAUGAAUGCAUUGCAUGGGAAUGCGCAGUCCGAUGGAUUAAAUACGACCCGGAAGAACGAAAACAACAUGUGCCAUUAUUGUUGCAAACAGUCCGAUUAGGUAUUUUACAGACUGAGUACUUUAUGGACAAGGUAAAGAAACAUGAAUACGUUCAGAACAACGAUGAGGCUAAACCGAUUAUUAUCAAGGCGUUAUCGUUUCUCUAUGAAUUAGACGAAAUUGGCAAAAGGGAAAUUGAGAUCCACACGCCAUCUAUUGCCAUUCCAAGAAUACCACAAGACGUAAUUUUCGUAACUGGUGGAUGGCAUCAGUCUCAGCCUGUAUCGAAAAUUCAGUCAUACGAUUGUCGAGCUGAUCGUUGGGUUUUUGCACCAGAUGAUGAUCCUGAUGGUCCUCUAGCCUAUCAUGGUUCAGCCGCAGUUGGCCACAAAAUAUAUAUUAUUGGUGGUUUCGACGGCGAAAACUAUUUCAAUACCUGCCGCGUGUAUGAUACUCUGAACAGAAGUUGGCAAGAGAUAUCACCUAUGCAUUCGAGACGAUGCUACGUGUCUGUCGUCGAACUUAAUGGACUCAUUUAUGCAAUGGGUGGUUUCAACGGAGAAAUCCGAAUGAGUUCGGUUGAAAGAUACGAUCCGGCGACUAAUCAGUGGUCCUUAAUUGAAAGCAUGAACUACGUACGAUCUGACGCACAUGCAUGUGUGGUAAACAACAAGAUUUACAUUAUCGGUGGAUUUACUGGUCAAUUUUGCCUUCAAACAGCAGAAACGUACGAUCCCAAUACUAGCAAAUGGACAAACAUAGCUAGCAUGUCGGUUCGACGGUCUGGUACGGCAUGUAUCGGGUAUAACGGGUUUGUGUACGCCAUUGGUGGAUUCGAUGGACACACAAGGCUAAGUAGUUGCGAGCGGUACGAUCCAGUGAAUGAUGCGUGGACGAGAAUUCUUGAUAUGCCGCAUCAGAGAAGCAAUUUCGCAAUCGAAGUUCUCGAUGAUAUGAUUUUUGCUAUCGGUGGAUACAACGGUCUAUACACCUUGCCUCAAUGUGAAUGUUUGGAUGUUGCAGAAAAUCAGUGGUACCAGGUCACUGAACUGAAAAUGACACUUUCCGGAUUGAAAGCAGUCGUGAUCAAAGAAUUGCCUAACGUAAGUGAUUUCAUUUAUAAAAACCGAAUAAAUUUGAUCGAAGAAAGGCGACGACGGAUGAUUAUCACUGAAUUCCGGCAGUCGGUUGAAAGUCGCACAACAGAAAUAUGAAGACAAUGAUUUUUCCUGAUGUUAUUAAAUUUUUCAAUCAAAUUUGUAGCAUUCGUC